CGGAAAAGUUGUUCUUCAAGAACUCAUCAAUUCCUUCUGGCUAGAGAAUUUUGACAAUGGUUUUGUCGAAAUGCAUGAAGAAACUCAAUUUGUCAUGAGAAGUUUUAAACUUGGUCAUUGCCUAGGGGGAUUAGGAUUGACUGAAACACCACAUGUUGAAGAUUGGUUUUAUUCCGAGGAGAUUGAGUUGAUGAAUAAUAAAUUAUCUGAGCUACCGGAGAAACCCGAGUGCUCAUUUCUCCAAAAAUUGUUAUUACAUAACAACUAUGAUCUUAUGGAAAUUCCUCAACUAUUCUUUCAAGAUAUGCCUCGCCUAACACAUCUAGAUUUGUCUUAUACUAGCAUAAAGUCUUUGCCACCUUCCAUUUCCAAUUUGAAAUCACUUCAAAAAUUCUCUUUGAGAGGUUGUGAACUUCUCUUGUAACUGCCGCCCCAUAUCAGAGCACUUGAGAAUCUUGAGGAGUUUGACCUUGAAGGAACUGAAAUAAUGUAUCUGCCCAAGGAAAUUGGAAAACUAAUCAAUUUGAGAUGCUUCAAGGUCUCUUUCUGUCAACAUGCAAAUCGCUGCAAGGAAACUAAGCAGAUGGACAUAACAAUCCCUACAGGGGUGUUGUCAAAACUCAAUAUAUUGCAGGAACUAAGCAUUGAUGUGAAUCGAGAUGAUGAGUGGUGGGAUGCUGAUGUGAAGGUAAUCCUGAAUGAACUAAGUAGCUUAAAAUGGUUGAAACGCUUUGAGUUGUAUUUACCAUCAGCUGAAUUGUUACAACAACUUAGACAGAUAUAUCGAUAUUUUUCUUAUUUUAGAUUCACGGUUGGCCAUCAUCGACAACGCAUCAUAUCCCGUCUACACCAUGAAGUUGAAGAGAUAUUCAAGAAACAACAGAAAAUGAUGAAAUGCCUUGAGUAUAUAAAUGGUGAAGGCAUACCAACUGAGAUUACCAAGGUACUCAACCAUGCCAAAUGUUUCUUCCUAGACCGCCACUGGACAGUGAAGAUGCUUUCUGAUUUCAGGAAAGAAAACAUGGUAAACCUCAUAUUUUGCUUGUUGGUGGAAUGUAAUGAACUUCAAACUAUUAUUGAUGGAGAUUAUGAAUAUCCGUUGGGUGUUGUUAAUAUACCUGUAUUCAGAUACCUGAAGUACUUGGGUAUUCAUUAUAUGUGGAAUUUACAAAGUAUUUGGAAAGGUCCAAUUGAUGAGGGUUGUCUAUCCAAUCUGAGGGUUUUGGCAUUGCACACGUGCCCCAAUUUGACUACCAUUUUCACACCCAAUUUGCUUGGUAAUCUGAGGCAAUUGGAAGAGCUUAUAGUUGAAGACUGCUGCAAAAUCAAAAGCCUAGUAAGUCAAGAAUCUUCAAACUUGAAACAUGGUUAUGUUCUCCAAUCGUUGAAGAGUAUAUCGCUUCUUGACCUACCAGAAUUGGUUAGCAUUUCAGAUGUUACAAGUAUCAGUCCUAUGUUGAAAAGUCUGAUUGUUUAUAAUUGUCCAAAGCUUGAAACUCUUUCUGUUAACAAAGCGCCUACUAUCAAAAGAUUUGAAGAUCAAAGGAGAGAAGGAGUGGUGGGAAUCAUUAAAGUGGCAUGAAUCAGAGUCAAGCAGCAGUAUUUGGAUAACUUUUGAGGAACUUGGAAGGGGUGAAGAUUUGAUGGAUGAAUUAGCCAGACACAUCUACUCACACUGCAUUUUUAACAGCUAGGUUAUGAUAGCUUCAUGAAGACCCUUUUGGUGGGAGAUUGGGACAAUCCGAUGGUGUUAAGGAGCUUAAGCCGGGGAAUUGUUGCUACUGGUGGCUGUAAAUACCAAUAAAUCAUCUUCAAGCAAAAUCGAUCAGAUUAAGCUUCAUAAAUAGCUUGUUGGUUAAUUUCUUUCUUGUAUUAAUUUCUGCUUGUUUUUAUGUCUUUGGAUAGAUUGGGAUGUGAUGCUUUAUUUGCUGUAAUGUCCUUGAUACUGUAUUUGUUUUAAUGUCUUGUUUGGAUGCGACAGUGACAAUAAUUAUUAUUGAGUGUUGUUUGCUAAUAAACUUGUUAUUGUUGUUUGCCUGAAA